GCUCUCUGUAAGCUUAUUCUGUAUUCGAUAUAAUUUAACAUCUGUUUUAGACAUUUAUAAACGAUUUUUAAAUCUCUAAAAUGACAGCUUUACUAAAAAAAAGAGCUUCGGCUUUAUAUUCGCAAACUGUACAGGAAUCAGCAAAAUCGUCUCCUCAUAAAAUUAAAGUAAUAAGAAAAUCUGUAUCUAAUAGCAGUUCUGGAGCAGUUUAUAUAAAUCUUUUAAAACAAAGCAAAAGUAGCAAUGAAUCAUUGCAAUUACUUUUACGGGUUUCAGACAGUUUACAAAUUGACGAGUCAGAUAUUCCUGAUAUUUUACUCAAAUUGAGAGAACAAUAUCUAAAAGAGAACGAAUCAGCAGUUAGAGUUAAAAUUGUAUCAUUGAUAGGUGACAUAGGAUCUCAAGCAGUUACAUGUAUAAAGGUUUUAAUUGAUGAGACGAUAAAUUUACUACAGAGAGAAACAUCAAGUAAAGUAACAGCUCAAGGACUUACAACAUUAUUGAGGCUCGGAGAAUUAUGUGAAAAGAUUCCACUACAUUGUAUAAGUAGCAUUGAAUUGGCCAAUGAUAUUUUAAAUGGAAGGAGUAAUUUAGUGAGCAAGCAUAAUUCAAUUGUUCAAAAAAAUGCAUUGAAAUUACUUUCAAUUUUGUUACCGGUAUCUGAGGCAGCAGAAGUUAUGAAGCUUUUUGCAAGUUUUGCAUAUUCACAAGAUGCAAGAGUUCGAUCAGCUGCAAUAAAUUCUAUGUUAAAGUUACAUUCUCGCGGAGCUAUAUUGGAUCCAAAGUUAUUUUUUAUUGCAACUGAAGCAUUAAAGGAUGAUUAUGAAUGUGUCAGAAAGGAAGCUCUUAACAUAAUAGCUGAGUUGGGAAACACACACCCCGAGCACAUGAUAUUGGUGCCUGAAACAGAUUCUGAAUUGAGAUUAAUUGAUGCAGCGUUUGGUCAUGUUUGCAGUGCGGUUUGCGAUUUAAUUGUACGGAUUCGUGUACAAGCUGCGGGUUUGCUAGGAACAAUGAUAAAGGUUGGACCUACCUUUUUGAUUCAAACUUUAGAUAAAAAAUUAAUGAGUAAUAUGCGUAAAAAACGCAGUGCUCAUGAAAGAGCCAAGGAAAUAGUUUCAAGUGGCGAAUGGUCUUCCGGAAAACGAUGGGGCGAAGAUGCACCCAAAGAGAAAAUUAGUGCUGAUUCAGUAAGUCUUAUGGGCAGUGGAGCCUGCGGAGCUUUAGUUCAUGGCUUAGAAGAUGAGUUCUUAGAAGUUAGAAAUGCAGCGGUCGAUUCUAUGUGCAUAUUAGCGCUCCAUAAUUCUGAGUUUGCUGAAAUGUCUUUGGAUUUUCUUGUUGAUAUGUUUAAUGAUGAAAUCGAAGAUGUUAGAUUGAAAGCCAUAAGCAGUUUGUCUAAAAUUUCUGAAAAUAUUGUACUGAGAGAAGAUCAAUUAGAAACAAUUUUAGGAGCACUGGAGGACUUUUCAGUCGAGGUACGAGAAGGGCUGCAUGAUAUGUUGGGGUCAUGUAAUCUUGCAAGUGCAGAUUGUUUACAAAUGCUCUUAGAAAAAUUAUUGGACACAUUGCAAAAGUAUCCACAGGAUAAAGUCUCGACUUGGGGCUGUACAAUGCGCGUUGGAUCGAGACACCCAUCAUUUGUUUUGAUGUUAGCACCUCAAUUAAUUCAGGUGCAUCCUUUUCUCGAACAAGCAGAACCAAAUAUAGAUGAUCCUGCAUAUGUUGCAGUUUUAAUAAUGGUUUUGAAUGCUGCACAAUUUAGUAGGCCUUUGUUAGCCCUUUUUCCACAAUAUAUUACUUGGCACUAUGACUAUUUACGAGAUACAAUGCCUCAUAGAGUUCCACGGUUAUUAUUCUCCGGAGGCAACGACAUUGAACGAAAAUUGAAGGCGAAUGUUGACUCACACAAGUUUCUUAAAUUAUUUAUUGAACAAAUUGAUAAUGCAAUGGAAAACUGCACAAGAGAAAAUUUGAUAUUGCUAUUCAAAAGGGCGCAAACAGACCUUGAGAAAUUAGCUGAAAUUGAUCUCGAUAUUUCUGGGCCAGCACAAUUUAUGAAUAUUUACAUAAAUGCACAAUCUUUAUUGAUUAAAUCAUUAGAUUGUCGUGAGGUUUAUACAACUAAUGGGCCUCCGACAUUUAUUAUACUGCUUCUACAAAAAUGUCAACAAUUACAGCAUAUGUUUGCUGGGUUAUCCAUAGAAAUGAUGGGAUAUGUCAGGCAAUUGUGUCUAAAAGCGUGCGCCAUGCAUUUAGCUGCAACUGUUCGAGAUGAUAAAUACUCCGCGCUCUCAUCCUGCCAGACAUUUCUAACAUUAUGCAAAGACAUUAAACAAUAUUUAAUGCAAUAUAAUAUAGUUCCAGAUGUUUUCACAGCCCAAGUAUUUGAACAAUUAACCCAACUGGAGAAUGAUUCUCGUGGUACUAAGGCACUUUUGCCAGGACCAGUUGGCAGAGCACUUAUGCCAAUUCUACAAAAUAGUAAACUUGACAAAUUACCAAUACCUGAAAGAAAUAUACGUAUUACUUAUGCAAAAAUGUAUAAGCCAACAGGACAUUUAGAUGCCACAAUACAAGUAACGGCAGGAUUGAUAGCAUCUGUUGACUUACAUGCUGAUGUAUAUAAUAUUGUUGAUAUAAACAGUUUGCGAAUAUUUGUUAAAUAUCCAGAUCAAAGAGUGCACAUGUUACAACCAAGAAAAGGGCACAUCAAACCGUUGCCAGAAUAUGAAGGAUCUGGGUAUCGUGUGAGAACUACUGCUCUCCUAUCCCAUGGAGUUUGGUCAGAAUCAUGCCAUGUCAAUGUCGGUUUAUGUUUGGCUCCACCGUAUUUAUUUGUCAGUCAAUUAACGAGCAACAUUGCAACACAUGAAGGUUUGCAAUUAUGUCAGCCUGUGCAAGUCGGAUUAUCUCCCAAACCCAUCAAAAGAGGAAUUUAAAAUGUAUCUUAUCACCUGAAAUAAAUAAGUCAAAUAAAAAAACUUCUUUUAAUACAUUUACAUCGGAGAUACAUUUCAAAUUUACAAUUAAUUUACAUGAUUCAUAAAUUGUGAUAUAAACCAUAAUCAACCAAAGAACACGGUUUACAGAAAAUUGGAAUGUAUAAUUUGUAUCAAUGCUUUAUAUAUUUGACUCCUGACAAUCUUAAUUAUACACCUACACAUAAUUUUCUAUACACUAUGGCUAGGCUUCUCUCAAACUCUGAUCCAAAGUUUAGGGAUAUAUGAAAUCACGUCCAUCAUUAUUUGAAUAUAAUUAAAGUUUGUGUUUAAAAUAAAUUCAAAUAAAACAAUUCAGGAAUAUAUACAAUUAUAUAUAAUAUAGGGAUGGUAGUUUCCAUAUUUGCAAAUUGGAAAUAAAUAUUACUAUGAUUUAUUACAUUAAAAAUAAUUCAACAAAAAAAAUUCAGAUAUGUAACGCACCUGUACACACAAUUAGCAAUAGGAAAAUCUAGCCACAAAUAUUUUUAACAAUUUAUUUAAUACUUAUGUUCUAGAAAUACAAAGUGUAAAGUUCAAGGUUUGUAUAGCUUAAUAAAGUAAACAUUUUAAAAUGUAAUGAAUUUAUCUGCAAAUAGUCAAAAUCAAAAUUACUAUAUAAUGAUUAUUGAAAUAAUGCUUUUAUAGAUUGCAUUUCAAUCUGUAUUAAAUUGUAUGUAAAUCACAGCACAAGAUCUAACACACAAUUCAUCUAACAGAAAGAACUAAAUAAUUUUAAUGUUAUUAAAAAUUACAUAUAAAAUAACUUUUACAAUAAAGUAACCUUACAUGAGAUGUGUUGAUUUCAGAUACUUUUCAUACAACAGUGCUUUCUGUAUAAACAAUAUAAUAUAAAUAACGGUACAGCCACUAUAUUUUUAAGUGUGAGUGGCAAAAAUAAUAGACAGACUGCACUGCUGCAUAUAUAUUAGGGGAUUUGGGAGGCAGGCGACUUGUGUAUCUU